GUUCGCGCCUCUGCGACGGGCCGCCGUGCGUCUCCGCCCUGCGGGCGCGGGCUUGGAGGCCGGGCAGGUCGCGCCCGAGGGCUCCGGGCCCGUCCUGCUCGCGUUGCUGGGACGCUCUGCCCAGCUGGCUUUCAGGUUGCUUCUGACCCUGGAGGAGUCCAAGUCCUCGCUGGGAGGGGCCUUCCCGUCACUUCCCAGCGCGGAAGCUGGCCGCUUGAAGAUGCCAUUGAAGAGGAAGAGGAAGAGUGCCCAUGCGAGGAAACAGACCUCAUCUCAAAAGGGGACUUUCCGUUGGAGGAAAGCUUUUCCACAGAAUUCGGGCCUGAAAAUCUGAGCUGUGAAGAAGUGGAAUACUUUUGUAACAAAGGUGAUGAUGAGGGAAUCCAGGAGAUGGCAGAAUCCGAUGGGGACAUACAAUCAGAGAAGCCGGGUCAAGCUGGAAUUGAGACAGAUGACUGGGAUGGACCAGGGGAGUUGGAGGUGUUUCAAAAAGAUGGAGAACGGAAAAUUCAGAGUCGGCAGCAGCUUCCUGUGGGAACGACUUGGGGGCCGUUUGCUGGGAAGAUGGACCUGAAUAAUAACUCCUUGAAGACAAAGGCUCAGGUCCCAAUGGUGCUGACUGCUGGUCCCAAGUGGCUGCUGGAUGUGACUUGGCAAGGAGUGGAAGACAACAAAAACAACUGCAUUGUGUACAGCAAAGGGGGUCAGCUUUGGUGCACAACUACGAAGGCCAUCUCAGAGGGGGAAGAGCUAAUUGCCUUUGUGGUGGAUUUUGACUCAAGGCUACAAGCUGCCAGUCAGAUGACUCUUACAGAAGGGAUGUACCCUGCACGCCUGCUUGACUCAAUUCAGCUGCUUCCCCAGCAAGCUGCCAUGGCGUCUAUUUUGCCUACAGCUAUUGUCAAUAAGGAUAUAUUCCCUUGCAAGUCUUGUGGCAUCUGGUACCGGAGUGAGCGGAAUCUGCAAGCCCAUUUAAUGUACUAUUGUAGUGGGAGGCAAAGAGAAGCUGUUCCAGUGUCAGAAGAAAAUGAAGAUAGUGCUCAUCAGAUUUCCAGCCUCUGCCCCUUCCCACAAUGCACCAAGAGCUUUUCAAAUGCUCGUGCACUGGAAAUGCACCUGAAUUCACACAGCGGAGUGAAAAUGGAAGAAUUUCUCCCCCCUGGUGCGAGUCUAAAAUGCACCGUUUGUAGCUACACUGCUGACUCUGUGAUCAACUUUCACCAACACCUGUUCUCCCAUCUCACUCAAGCUGCCUUCCGAUGUAAUCACUGCCACUUUGGCUUCCAGACUCAGAGGGAGUUACUGCAACACCAGGAGCUCCAUGUCCCUGGCAGCAAACUUCCCAGAGAAAGUGACAUGGAACACUCUCCAAGUGGAACUGAAGACAGCUUACAGCCACCCGCGGACUUGCUGACCAGAAGUGAAGUUCCCCAGAGCCAAAAGUCCAUGCAGACUAAAGAUGCCAGCUCUGACACAGAGCUAGACAAGUGUGAGAAAAAGACUCAGCUGUUUUUUACCAGCCAGAAACCGGAGAUACAGCCUACAGCAAAUAAACAAAGUUUUUCUUAUACGAAAAUAAAGUCUGAGCCCUCUAGCCCAAGACUUGCCUCUUCUCCGGUUCAGCCUGGUAUUGGACCUCCUUUCCCUGUGGGCCCUUUCCUAUCUCAGUUUGCUUUUCCCCAAGAUAUCACCAUGGUCCCUCAAGCUUCAGAGAUCUUAGCCAAGAUGUCUGAACUGGUCCAUCGGCGACUUAGGCAUGGAAGUAGUAGCUACCCUCCUGUAAUUUAUAGCCCCUUGAUGCCCAAGGGUGCUACUUGUUUUGAGUGUAACAUAACAUUCAACAAUUUGGAUAACUAUCUAGUGCACAAAAAACAUUAUUGCAGCAGCCGAUGGCAGCAGAUGGCCAAAUCCCCAGAAUUCCCUGGUGUUUCAGAAAAGAUGUCUGAGGCUGUGAGUCCCAACACUGGCCAAACCCCCAUAAACCUUCUUAACCCAGCUGCUCAUGCUGCCGACCCUGAAAAUCCACUUCUUCAAACAGCCUGCAUCAAUUCUUCUUCUGUUUUAGAUUUAAUUGGGCCAAACGGAAAGGGCCACGACAAGGACUUUUCCACUCAAGCAAAGAAGCUCUCCACCUCCAAUAACAGUGAUGAUAAAAUUAAUGGAAAACCUGUUGAUGUGAAAAAUCCCAGUGUCCCCCUAGUGGAUGGGGAAAGUGACCCAAAUAAGACUACCUGUGAAGCUUGCAACAUUACCUUCAGCCGGCAUGAAACAUAUAUGGUCCACAAACAGUAUUAUUGUGCUACACGUCACGAUCCCCCGCUAAAAAGGUCUGCUUCCAACAAAGUGCCUGCCAUGCAGAGAACCAUGCGCACACGCAAGCGAAGAAAGAUGUAUGAGAUGUGCCUGCCUGAACAGGAACAAAGGCCUCCGCUGGUCCAACAGAGAUUUCUUGAUGUAGCCAACCUCAGCAAUCCUUGUACCUCCACUCAAGAAUCCACAGAAGCACUGGGAGAGUGCUACCACCCAAGAUGUGAUAUCUUCCCAGGAAUUGUCUCCAAGCACUUGGAAACUUCUCUGACGAUCAACAAGUGUGUUCCAGUUUCCAAGUGUGAGACUACUCAUUCCAGUGUUUCCUGCCUAGAGAUGGACGUGCCCAUAGAUCUCAGCAAAAAGUGUUUAUCCCAGUCUGAACGGACGACCACGUCACCCAAAAGGCUGCUGGACUACCAUGAGUGCACCGUGUGUAAGAUCAGUUUCAAUAAGGUAGAAAACUACUUGGCCCACAAGCAGAAUUUUUGCCCAGUCACUGCACAUCAGCGCAACGACCUUGGCCAACUUGAUGGCAAAGUGUUUGCGAAUCCAGAAAGUGAACGAAACAGUCCUGACGUCAGCUACGAGAGAAGCAUCAUAAAAUGUGAGAAAAAUGGAAAUCUGAAGCAGCCUUCCCCCAACGGAAACUUAUUUUCAUCCCACUUAGCAACGCUGCAGGGCCUGAAAGUGUUCAGUGAAGCUGCACAACUCAUCGCUACAAAAGAAGAAAACAAACAUUUGUUUCUUCCGCAAUGCCUUUACCCUGGAGCAAUAAGGAAAGCAAAAGGAGCCGACCAGCUUUCUCCGUAUUAUGGAAUAAAGCCAAGUGAUUAUAUUUCUGGUUCUCUGGUCAUUCAUAACACUGACCUAGAUCAAAGCACAAACACCGAAAAUGAAUCUCCCAAAGGCCAGGCUUCCUCAAAUGGGUGUGCUGUGCAGAAGAAAGACUCUUUGCCACUGUUGCCCAAAAAUAGAGGCAUGGUCAUAGUUAAUGGUGGACUGAAACAAGAUGAGAGGCCUGCCACCAACCCACAGCAAGAGAACAUUUCCCAGAAUCCUCAGCAUGAAGACGGGCACAAAUCUCCCUCGAGGAUCUCUGAGAACCCGUUAGCUGCCAAUGAGAACGUCUCCCCGGGAAUUCCCUCAGCAGAGGAACAGUUGUCUAGUAUAGCAAAAGGUGUGAAUGGCUCCACCCAAGCUCCAACCAGUGGGAAAUACUGCCGGCUGUGUGAUAUCCAGUUCAACAACCUUUCAAACUUUAUAACUCACAAGAAGUUUUAUUGCUCGUCACAUGCAGCAGAACAUGUCAAAUGAAAGAGCUAAAUAAAUAAACAACAGUCACCUUUGGUACCAGUGUUUAAUAUGUUGUUCUACCCGGUCCAGAAAAAAAGCAAAAGCUGUUUGAAUUACAUCUGGGCAAUCAGGAGAUAAUUCAUUAUGGCUGAGUUGAGGACUUAAGGUGUAAUUUCAUUACAGUUCAUUAGUAAAGUGUAUUAUGGGUGCCAUUUUCAAAAAAAAAAAAAAAGAAUUAAUUUAUUUUACCAGCAGUAUUCAUAGCUGUGGUUAUGUUAUUUUUAUUUAAAAACUUUAUAUUAAAGUCAUUUGUAAUGUUAUUGUAUAGUUAUUGUGUAGCACAUAUGGUUUGCACUGUAUAGUAGCUUUUAAAGAAAAUAGUCACAAACAAUACAGAAAAGCAUUUUAGAAAUAGCUUCAAAAGCACUUGUGUAUCUUGAUUUUUUUCUUAUAUGCUGUUGCAGAUAUAUGUAUAUGCUAAAAUAUAACUUGCAAAGAUGUUCUCAAUACACAUCCUGUAAGUUCGCCUUAAGAUUUCAAUUCUUGGAUAAUCAGGCUCCAUUUGCACUUUAUAUUUUAGCAGAUACCGUUUCUUAGUCACUAGGCUUUGCAUUUGUAUGUAGCAGUAUGUUUCUGUCCAUUUCUUAAUCUAAACAUGUAUGUUAAAUGAAGAUGGCAAUUUUUUUCUUGUAUAGUACUUGUAUUUUCUUUCGCUGAUGCAACUCUCGAUUUUUAAACCUUUGCUGUUAAAUGCAAUACUUUAUAAAGAAUGAACAAAAUUACUGGAAGCAGUAUUGUAAGUAAUGAGGUAGUAUUAAUCAGUUUUAUCUUUUGAAAGGCACAGUCUAAAUCAAAACCCUAAAUUCAAUGCUGCAAGUAUGAAUUUAAUUCAUAUAUAAGAUCUAUUUAAAUAUAAGAGUAGCAAUACUGCACCUGGUGAUCACGAAGAUAAUGUUCUACUUCUGAUAGAAAUAAUUUCUCAACAAAUGUUGUUACUAUGCAUGUAUAUGGAUGGAAUAAAAUUCCAGAUUGUUGGAGAA